GCAAACGCGAGGUUAUUGUAUCUUUUCACUUUUGUAGCCAACUUCACUUCGUAAAUGUUCGAUCUCUUUUAGCUACGUCGAGACUUGCUCGUACAGGAAUUGCGCGUUUCGACAUGGCUUUAUCAGUUGGACUACCGUUAUCUGGGUUGGAGACAGAAAAAUUUAACUCGUUUAGUCAUAUCAUAGACAUAGCAGGUCUUGCAAAGUCCCAGACGAGUCCUAGCCCAUCUGUCUCCAGUGAAUCUAGUGGCAUCGGGUCAUUAGGUUCGCUCAAGUCCGAGUCCCUAAACAAUGACUCCUUGCCAUCUAGUCCUCAGACCACAGAGAAGAAGUUAUUUCAACCUUUUCCGCAACCUCAGCCACGUCCAAUAGAAAAGCGGGAUGUCAAAGUAGUUAGUGGAGGCAGAGAUAUCCUUAAUCUAAUGGGUAACUUAACUGAUCCUCGAUGGAACUACCGUGCUACAGUGCUGCCUCCCAACAACCCUGCACUGUUCUUUGCUAACCGCUCACAGUAUCAUCGAUUGGGACCAUAUGGAACACGCACACAGUAUGUAAAAGAUACCUGCCGUGACUGCGGCUUCUCAUGGGUUGUAGCCGCUACAGACUAGCCAGACCAAGAGUCAUUUUAAACUCUAACCAUGGGUGCUGAAUCACAUCAAGAUAGUGUCAUAUUAUGGUGCUUAAUGUCGCACCAGCAGCUUUAGAUGAAUUUUAGAAAAACGGACUAGUUGUCACAUGUUCUGACAGAUGCCUAUUUAUAAAAUUAUUUUGCAAAAUAUGAACUUGAAUUAUAAUUGCUAACUUGUGAUAUUCCUAAAGUAUAAAUUCUAUCUUGAUGUGAGUUCAGCCGUAGUUGAUGACUGUGGAAUAUGUAUAUGAUUGUCGUCCCAUGAAUUUGUAGAAUUACAUUUUAAAUGUGACUUAAAACUGUGAUCUUAAUUUAAACAAAGCAAUUUUUGACAAAUUCUAUAAAUGCGCGACAAUGCAUAUAUAUAUUUUUGAUUUUUUUAACUUAUUGUGUGAUAAUUUUAAGUUUACGAUAUUUAUUUUAAUUACCCACAAAGAAAUCGGCAUUUUAGAUCCAAUAAUGGAUCAAUACUCAAACCUCAAAUUCCAUAUCAUAAGUUUAAUGUAGACAGAAAGUUUUUGUUUUAGGAUAUUACACUACAUUUAGUUCCUUUUAGAAAUUUUAAUAAUUUAUUGUCCAAAGAAUUUAAUUGUUGUAAUCUUCAAAUUAUAUUAAAUUAAUGGAAUAGUCAAUGUGCAGUAAUCGGUACUAUAAUCAAAUAUGUAGUUGUUUUAAAUCAAUUCUUGUUUUUAUGACCAAUUAUAAAUUAAUAUUUUAGGUAUGAUAUUAACAUGAGCACAUCCCACCAUUUAAUCAUUAUGGUACCAUUCUAAUAUUGUGUGCAAUUCAAUUCAGCUUAUGAAUUUGAUGUAUUCCACAGUCAUUUUUGAUUUUAUAGAGAUCGUUAAACC